ACUUCUUAAUUUUAUAAUUAAUAAUUGCUAGCAUUUGAUGUAAAUAUGACAACCGACGAAAGCAUAAUGGCAGAAAUGUUGGAUCGCGCAACAAAACCAGACAAAGAUCGUGUGGAUGAGUUGGGCGUCCAAAUGUUCUGCCUGGUAGUGCGCAGCAAUAGUCAGUUGGUACACAAAGCUCAGGAAAUGAUAAGAACCAAAAUAUGUUCAAGCAACGUCAUCGAAGCGACGCGAGCAAUUGCACUGCUAGAGGAGUGCAUGACGCAGUGUGGCGGUGAGUUUCAGGAAGAAGCAGCUAAGUUUCGUUUUCUUAAUGGACUUAUACGGCUAGUCUCCAAAAAAUACGAAGGCGCUGAGACAGCGCACGAAGUGAAGCAACGAAUUAUGGAGUGUUUGCUUCUCUGGACUACUGAGUUUCCGGACCGGCAAAAGAUACGUGAUGCCUACGAUAUGCUUCGUAAAGAGGGUGACAUUGAGCAUGGUCAGUCGGCAGCGGCGCAGGCAAAGCGUGAGACUGUGCUUAACACCAUUGACGAGGCCAUGUUUGCUAAGCUUAUCAGGAGCAAGGAUCCAGAGAACUUUAAGCGUGCCAAUCUGUUACUGCAGUAUCGAAUGGCGCAGGAGGCACGCCGCAAUGAUUUGCUUGCUCAACAUCGCUUGGUGUUACAAGAGGUGCAGGAGACAAUGAAGCUGCUCAAUCAAAUGCUGGACACCUAUAAUCCAAAUGACCCCAGCGAAGAUGUAAGCGAAACCAUACACGAGCUCUAUAAGAGCUGCAAAAAGCACAAGCCCAUCUUUCAUCAUUUGCCCGAGUUGUUGGGCGAGUCCGAUGCUCAGCUGAUUGAGGACACGUUGCAGACAAAUGGCGAGUUAAUUGCUAUCAUGUCGCGUUAUAAGCAGCUUGUUGCGUCGCCAGGCAAAGCUGUAGGGACUCCAGGAACAACACCAGCAGGUCAAGGAGCAGGAGCGGGCUUAGCUAGUAAUUCUACUGCUUCAGGCAAUGCAUCACUGCUUAAUGAGCUGCUAGGAGAUCUACUGCUGAACGAUUCUAAUGGCACCACUAUUAACAACCCAAAAACCAAUGUCAUGUCAGAUCUUAGCGAUAUUUUUAGCAGCGCUUUGGCUGAGAGCGAACAAAAGCAACAGAUAGGACAUGUUACUAAGCUGCUAGAGCCACAAGUGCUUAGUCCUAGUAAGACUGACAAUGGGAAUGACCCCUCUAAUGGGGCCGUGGAACCCAUGGGGGAUACUAAGACUUACAGCGCUUCUGCACGCAAGAUGCCAGCCAUCGCUAUGCUGAGCGAGGAACUUUUCCAAAGGAUAAUGCCAACGCAAGAGCGUGUGAGCAGCUUUAAACGCGAACCGGAGAAACUAACCCUUAACGAUUUGGCGCGCGAGCGCAUGCACGUGAAACCAGCCACGGAGCAGGUGGAUGAUGUGCCAUUGCUGAGCGCUCCAGAUAUUCCAACCAAAGUGGAGCAAUCAGCUCCUGCACCCAUAGUGAUGACGUCCAUGCCAAGCAAGCAACAUUUAAGCGAGAUUAACAUCGAACUUGAUCAUGUCCAAGCCACGGGUGAGCAGCGUGUUGUGCUCGAUGACGACGACUUGCAUCUGAGCCUUAACUUUACUGAAGACCGGCCUAGUCAACAAGUGUCUGUCAUUGUAAUAUCAGCUCAAAACAAGAGCCGGCUACAAUUGAAAGACUUUCAGUUCGAGGCAAGCGUCAGGAAGCCGUGCAAGGUGCGUCUGAUGGCACCGACAGACAACGAAAUGUUAGCUCAUAAACCAUUCCGACCAGUUACACCCAUUAACCAGGUGAUGCUGCUGCUGAAUCCUACGGGCAAGCCGGUGGACAUAACAUGUAUUGUCAGCUAUAAGCUGGGCGAUGAUCCGGAUCCCAUUAAAGAGUCAAUUGUGGCGCAGGGCAUUGCCUAUGUGGAUUAAUGAAACAUGUCUUUACAUACAUAUAUUCUAGUUUUUUUGCAAUGGCGUAUGCAUUACUGGAAAGGAUUUUUUUA